GGGGGGGGGGGGCAACGGAAGUGACGUAGCGGAAGUGCGGCUGCGCUGUCACCUUGGAGGCUGCUGCGGGCAAGAGACGAGGCGAUGGCGGCACUCAGGAGAUCGGCGUUGGCGCUCGGACCUCAACUCGGCAGACGGCAGUACUCUGCGCUCGCAUCGCCGCUGAGUCAGCCGCUCAAGUCCACGAAGGAGUCUCAUGCUCCGCUAGCACCCCAAGAUGUGCAGGUGUCGAAGCUGAGCAGCGGCCUGGUGGUGGCCUCCCUUGAGGACUACUCGCCCGUGUCCAAGGUGGCUCUGCUCGUGAGGGCCGGCAGCCGCUACGAAACCGGAGACAACCUGGGCAUCACGCACUGCCUGCGCACCUACGCCAACCUGACUACCAAGGGCGCUUCAAUGUUCAGGAUCACUCGUGCCAUCGAAGAGCUCGGCGCUAACUUCAAUGUUCUGACGACGCGGGAGCACAUAAUGUACUUGUUGGACUGCCAGCGAGACCACGUGGACAACCUGAUGGAAGUGCUGGUGAACGUGACGCUGGCGCAGGAGUUCCGCCCGUGGGAGCUGCAGGAUGCGGCUCCGCGUCUCCAGCUGGAGAAGUCGCUCGCUCUGUUGAACCCCGCCGUCGGUGUAAUGGAGAACCUGCACGCAGCCGCCUUCAAAAACACUCUGGCCAACUCGCUGUACUGCCCUGACUUCAUGAUUGGGGCCUUCUCACACGACAUGCUGCACGACUACGUUCAACACCACUACACCAGCGCGCGGAUGGCACUGGUGGGCGUCGGGGUGGAACACAAGCUGCUCAAGCAGCUGGCGGAGCAGUUCCUGAACGUGCGCGGAGGCAUCGGCUCAACCUCCGUCAAGGCCAACUACGUCGGAGGCAACGUGCGCGUGCACGGCUCCGGUGAGCUGACGCACGUGGCGGUGGCGGGCGAGGGCGCGCCGUGGGGCACGCCGGAGGCUCGCGCCUUCUCCCUGCUGCAGCACGUGCUGGGCGCCGGGCCCUGCAUCAAGCGCGGCACCGACGCCGUGGGCGGCAAGAUCGGCGGCGCCAUCGCCAAGGCCGCAGGCCACCCCUUCGCCGCAUCCGCAUUCAACAGCAGCUACAGGGACUCGGGCCUCUUCGGCAUCUACGCCGUCUGCAACAGCGGCGAAGUGGACAAGGUUCUGCAAGCCGCCGUGGGGAAGGUGAAGACGAUCGCCGAGGGGAAUCUGUCGGCCGGAGAAUUCCAGCGGGCCCAGAACCAGCUGAAGGCGAGCUUCCUCAUGGCGCUGGAGGGGAAGGAUGCUCUGGUGGAUGAGCUCAGCACCCAGGUGAUAGAAACCAACGCCUACACGGCACCGCCCAGCGUGCUGCAGGCCAUCGACGCCGUCAAGUCCGCCGACGUCAUCGCUGCCGCCAAGAAGUUUGUGACGGGAAAGAAGACGGUGGCAGCCAGCGGAAAUCUGCGCAGCACGCCGUUCGCCGACGAGCUGUGAGGAGGCACCGUCGCUUGCCAGGAACCAGCCGUCACUUCCACCACCGCCGUCGUCACCAGCUGGUCUCCGACAUCAUAAUAUCAUUUCUAUUCCCACCCCGUUUAUUUUUUGUCUUUCUCUGGCUUUGCCGGGUGUUUUUUUCCCCCCCUCCACGACAGCGAGUGAGAGGGAAGCGAAGUCCUGUUGUCGUUUUAACCGUUACGCCGGCUCCCAUCGCGGUUUUUCGCCGCGCCGUUUCGUUGGCUCGCGCACGCCCGGGGCAGAGCGGGGGGGGGGGACUGUGUUGAGUGGCCCCACGACGUCGUUUGGCGAGCCUCGUACAAUGAAAUGUGCCGUCGCUGUGCACCUCACGAAAUAAAGUUAUCGGGGCGCGAGUCCCCCGUGUGA